UAACGAGAAAAACUCAACUAACAAUAAGGUAUCAUACGAUGACACACACAAUAUAAAUACGCCAUAUUCAGCGACAACAAGAAUUCCUGCAACAAUUAGUCGAAGAGAAUGUUUGAACUCACUAUAUUCUUGGUCACAUCGCCAAGAAUUAUCCCAUUUCGAACGCAGAUGAGUAGGUAUAUGGAAACCUAUUUAGGGAAAAUAUAAUUUCUAAUCAUCGAUCGAAAGCGGCCGUUAUUCUUAUUACGAUUAUUAUCAAAGAAAUCUGCACCGAAGAAGCGAAUGGAAUGGGCGUAAGGUUCGCAAGGGCUGGGGCAGGCGCGAAACCGUCAAACGAUCGAUUCAGUUCACCCUUACAUAUGAUUUUUGAGGUGUUUGGUGUUUAAUUGAAAGAUGCUUCGAAUGUCUUCGCGUGCUAUAAUUACAAUACGUUGACAUACAACUUUGCAACAAAUCAUUCGGGCAUAAAAACUAUGAUAUAAUUUUUGCGACACUUAAAUAUAUAUAUGUCUCUAUAAAUGGGGUAAAAUAUGAACUCAGCGUGAAUGCGCAUGUAAAUUGUUGAAUGUAAAAAUCAGUUGAUAAAUUGUCACCGUGUAGUGCACGGUGAUGCUGAGUUAAGGUUAACAUCUCCUCGGAUUUACGGAUCCCACGAUUUUGUACGUAAAAAUUAAGGCAGUGGCAUAACGAAUAUAAUGCAACUAUACGAGUCCAGGGGUUUGCUCGCCGAUAGUUGGAAGCUUGCGAACAGUCGUGCGCGGCACUUUGGCAGUUGUAGAAAUCGAUAUUAGAAUAGAAUAUAUCUUAGCUAUUGUAUGCCGCCAGAAGGAUAUAACUUCGAAGAAUGAACGAUUCACAAAAUUUUAUCCCUCGCGUUGUUGGCAUUUUUUGUGCCUAUGAGGUAAAGUUGAUGGUCGACGCGAUGUGCUGAAAGCAUAUAAUCAAUAUUGUGUUAUUUGAACAAUCGAUUAUCUGCAUUUUUGAAUCAGUGAAAUUAAAAUCUGACUCCGAUAUGGUUGCGAUUUCAUUGAAUCCUCUUCAUUGCCCGUACUCGAAAGCAGGAGAUGACUACGAUAUGCAAUCAACGAGAAUGUACUUGCAUUCCCAAAGCAAGGACCAAGACCUAGUCAAGUGCAUAGACAGUUACCUCAUGCAUUUGGAACUAACUGAGUGACCUUGAACCAAGGAAAGGUUGUUCGAAGAUAAAGUGAAAUAAGGGAGGAUUGAUAGUAUGACGGUGAUGCUGCUGCAACGCACCGCGUCGCCGCAAUCAACGCACAGUCCAAACAACAAUAACAGUAGCGCCAAACCUCCGUUUCUAUUCCUGCUAGAACAGGGUACAACAGAACAGAGAAACAACAUAAAUAACAACAAUAAAAGCGCUACAAUUAAUCGUAACAAUAGUGUGGUUGUUGGCACCCUGGCCGCUACCUCGCCCCCCAACAGAAUAGGUGGUAACUUUGAUAGUGGAGGGGGCAUCGGAGCUGCUGGCCAACUUCCUGGCGAGGGGAUCGCAAUGCGAUAUUAUCGGCUCUGGAUAUACGCCUGCAACGUCGUCCUCUUAGGAAGUGCCCUGGGGUUUGUUGCGGCUGGUGCUCGAACUCUAUUAUUUUCUGGAGAUGCACGACGUCGCCUCGUUCCAGGAGUUCCAGGGCCCUUUGAUAUUACAACCCUGUACGCAGUUCUUGCUUUAGCUGCACAAUUGGGUCUAGUACAAUUACUUGGCUGCGUGGCAGCUAGGAGACUCAGUGCGCGUCUUUUAAAUGCCUACUGGUUGUUGCUCCUGGCUCUUUUAUUUGGAGACGCAGUUGUAGGUGUUGCCUGGGUCUUCCGUUUUGAGAAAAUGAGGGCAGAGCUGAGGCCAAUAUUGAGACUUCGCUUACAGACGGAAUAUGCUAAGGAGGCAAGAUUUAGCGAGCAAUGGGACAGACUUCAGCGGGAAUUUGCAUGCUGCGGUGUAACUGGGCCAAGAGAUUUUGGCUCUCGAUGGCCACAGAGCUGUUGUCUUACAAUGGCCAACAUUAGUGACACAUGUCAGCAACCUUAUGCCAGAGGAUGUGACGAAUCACUAAUAAGAUGGCUGAGAAGAACUGCCGAUUUACUAUUUGUUCUUGGAUUUUGUGUCAUUGCAUUCACCAAACUAUGUUUUCUUGGUAUACUGAGGUAUGAGAUUCGAGAAAUGAUACAGAAAAUACGCCUACUUCGAGAACCUCCACCUGCUGCUACACCCUUUGCACAACCCCUAGCUCAGAUCGUUUCCGAUCCAAGUAACAAUAAUGGAAGUAUCCUACGCCGUACAACUCUGCAACCUACUUCAACUAACUCUGGAAAUGCGACGCUGUUGUUACAACCUGACGAAUGUGGAGGAGGUAGGCAUCCGUUGUUAGCAAAUGCCUUACAAGAUACAGGUGCUGACAGUGACACAAAUAGUCAUUGUGCUUUGAUACUGGAAGAAACUCAUCCAUCACCGGGGAACCAUAAUUGUACAUCAAAGGAAAAAAGCAAUGGAAAUAACAACUACGAGAUGCGGGAAUUCAACCGAAGAUUGCUACUAUCCAACGGUAACAGUCAGGUGUUAGGAAUAGGAGGUUCGGCACAAAAUAGACACACCUGACUAUGGAGAUGGUGGCGAUACACCUGGAACCAUUUUCUAAGAAGCAACAAUAGACAGCCCUCCCAAGCACUGUUAUAUAAGUAAAAGAAACCUAAUGUUUUUAAUCUGCCACUAAGCCAGGAGCUUAAGAACAGUGUUAUGUGUUGAUUUAGGAACUCAUAUAGGUACACAACAAGACAGAAAACUAGUGCUACUGAUUGUGUGAGAGACCUCAUGAUUGUGUGAGACCUUGGAGAAAAACAGGGAGUGCAGGUGAGUAGCCUUAAUAACUUUAAAACGAAAAUACCAUGGAAUAAAUACUACAGAGGCUGCCGAACAAACAAAAAGCCUGUGGCUCACCAAAUGAUAUGUAUUUUCUCUAUAUAAUCAAACUAUAUCAUCGACUCUUUGCAGUAAGCAAAGAUUUGAGGAAUUAUUAAAGACUAGGUUGUGCUGUUUAAUGAAAUAGUAAGGCUACAGCAUCUUUGGCACAAGUAUUCUGCGUUGAUUCGUGUUACGAAGCAUAAAAUUAAAAA